AUGGAUGAAAUCUUAUCAAGACAUAGAAAGGAGAGUAAAGAUCUUCAAAACCGAAUAACCGGUAUGAAGAAACAGGCAACAAAAUCGACUCGUAAACAGGUAAUGGCGAAAUGUAAUGAUCUUGAACAGGAAAUGAAACAGAGGCAUGAAUUAGAAAUCAAGGAGUUUAACGGUGAAAUGAAGAACGAAGAUGAAGAAGUCACACCAGAAAAACUGCUAGAACAGCUUUCUAUAGAUAACGAUACACAAAAGACGACGGAGUCCACAUCAGCGCCAACGCCAGCGCCUACGUCAGAGCCAAAGAAACGUAGAAAUAGACAAAAGGAGAGAUUAGCCAAGAGAGAUGCGGAAAUUGUAAAGAUGAAGCAAGAAGCGGAAGAAGAAGCCUCGAAGCAACCAGAUUUGAAGAAGAUUGAACAGGAUUCAUUAGAUCAACUCUGUAAUUUGAACCAUUUGAUGCCGCAUGAUAUCAAACCAGAUGGUCAUUGUCUUUUUGCAUCAAUUUUAGAUCAAUUAACUGUUCGCCAUGGGAUUAAAGACUUGGAUAUCUACAAACUACGUCAAUUGGCAUGCAAUUAUAUUCGUUCUCACAGCGACGAUUUUAUACCAUAUCUUUUUGAUGAAAAUACGAUGCAAUUACAAAAUAUUAAUGAAUAUACCGAUGAAAUGGAGAAGACUGCGAAGUGGGGAGGUGAAAUUGAAAUCUUAGCACUGUCCAAGGUUUUUGAUUGUCCCAUUAGCAUUUUAAUGAGUGGUAGAGCUACACAUAUAAUCAACGAAGCCGGUGAAAAACCGGAACUGAAAUUAAUCUACUACAAGCAUAGUUACGCCCUCGGUGAGCAUUAUAAUUCGUUACACAAUGCUUGA